UGGUUUUACAUAAAACAGUACUAUUAUGAUGGUGAUUGGGCAAGUAUUUAUGGGGGGGGCAGUUAUUGUUUGGUACUAUGGUAUAUAUUUAUGUGUUUUUAUAUUGUAAACCACCCUGUGAUCCUUGGAUGAAGUGCGAUGUAGAUAUUUAAUAAAUAAAUAUUUGUUCAUGUGAGGCUUUUCAUAGUACAUCAGAAAGUGCAGCAUGGCCUUCUCUGAGUAGACAUGUAUAUUUCCACACAGAUGGGCCCAUUUAGCAUGUGAUGCCUAGCCAUUGCUUGCUUAAGCCAUGGUUUAGCAAGGUGAUCAAACAAACCAUGGUUUAUUUCUCCAAAGAUUGGUUUGUUUUCCAGCUGCUCUUGUAUCAUAGUUUUGUGGUUUUAGUUAAUGAUGAGUAUUGGGUUCAUGUGUACUGCCAAGACCUAGUUAAAACAAACCAAGGUUCAUAAGACAACCCCCCCCCAAUGGCUUCACACUCUGUUUUGUUAAGCUGCAGGGCAAGGUGUGUGCAUUACACAAAGGCACUGUUUAAUAAACAGAAGUGUGUUGAUGUGUUUCUUUCUAGAUGGUUUUUUAGUUUCUGUUGUAAAACUACAUUUUACCAAGGCUAUGGUUUACUAUUUGAUGUUAAUGGACCUAAUAGAAUUAUACUUGCUAUUACAUUGCUUUCUUUAACUUUCUGCAUUUUGCAGUCUUAUAUUUAGCAUUAGAGGAAAUAUAUAAAACAAUCAAUACCAACUUUGAAGUGCAAAAUGGCCUACAGGAGCCAUUUUUGUAAGAUAUACAAUGAUGUCAUCCAGUCAGAUAUAUAGGACAGGCAGGUUUCCCAAGUUGUUAAUGCUAGUUUGUUUUUCUUUGGGGUUUUGGAAUGAUUCCUUGAGCUUAAGUUUAAUUUCAACAAUUGGAAAAGGUUCCUUGAAAAUGUAGGCACACAGAUGAUAACAUGUUUAGAAAGCAGACCCUAUGAAGCACUUCUGAAGGAACUGGUUACAACAUACUAAGGAGACGAAGAAGAUGAUUGAGCCGGGAAAGAGGGAAUUCGGGUAUUUUAAAGGAGAUUCCCAAAGGGAACUGCUGGUUUAAUUGUAUUAUUUUCAGCUUUCUUUAAGGUGCUAAAGGCAGCCAUCCUUUAUACGCUUAUAAGCACCAGCAAACUUAAUGGGAUUUAUUUAUAAGAUGUCCAUCAAGGAUAGGCUAAGAACCAAGUAAUUAUAGGGUACUGAUAUUAAACAUUUUGGAGGGGGGCAGUUCUUAUAAGAACACUUGAGCACUGAUACCAGCUAAUAGACCUAUAAGGGGUGCUUCAGGCAUAAGAAUAUGUUCUAGGGACACAGGAGGGUGGGAUUAAAUGAUAACUGGUUGGUGUUAUUUCUUUUGUAACCACGAAGUACGGGCAGUGUUUGAAAGUAAGGAAUCAGAUUGAUCAGAUCAGUGAAGCAUAUUCUUAGAUUGUGCAUUUGUUGUUGUACACAUACAGCACUUCUCUUAAUGUGAAGUAAAGGUAUUUGUCAAAUGUGGAUUGCCUCCCGUUUGGCUAUCCCUGCAGCUACUGCCCAUGCCAAUAUGGUGCCUUCCAGGAGUUGUGGACUACCAGUCCCACCCAGCGACCCUUCAUGCUGGUCGGAGAGUUGUAAUCCAAAAACAUCUGGAGGGCACCUCAUUGAUUUCUGCUGUUCUAGAGUCUUUCAGGAUGGUUGACACCAACACAGAUAGCAACAAACAGCUAAAAUAAUGGCUGGGCUUGUUCAGUUCUAAUGCAUUCUCUGUUGAAUAUAAUAUCCGGAACCCCAUUUUAAGAUUCUUAGAAUAAAAGAUCCUAAAUGUUGUGUUUAAAUAAAGCAUUAGUCCAUAAUAUAUCUUUAAAUGAUUCAUGAUGUUAAUAUAGCAGCUAGAAGUGGUGCGAAUGUCAUGAAUGUAAAUCCGUUGCUGUAUCUUAUAUCAGUUGGUAGCUGAUCUAUAAAUAAAGUAAUUACUGCAUGCCUAUGCUUAUAAAGAGGGCAGCUGUAAGAAUUAGUAUACAGACUUCAGAAACAAUGAAAGUGUAUAGGCCCCCACUUAUCCUUCAGAGGUAUGAUGGACCAAAGGUUGACCGGCUUCUGCUGCAGCUGCAGGAGCAGCAACGGCAAAAGGAAUUGGAAAGGGAGCGGCUGGAACACGACAGGCUGGAGCGCGAGAGGCUGGAGAGGGAAAGACUAGAACGAGAGAGACUGGAGCGCGAGAGGCUGGAGAAGGAGAGGCUGGAACGAGAGCGGCUAGAACAGGAGCACCUGGAGAGGGAGCGGCUGGAGAGGGAGCGGCAAGAGCGAGACCGGCAGGAGCGCCUAGAGAGAGAGAGGCAAGAGCGGGAAAGGCAGGAGCAGGAGAGAGCAGAAUGGGAAAGGCAAGAAAGGGAGCACCAGGACCAACUGGAAAGAGAGCAGCUGGAAUGGGAAAGAGAAAGGAAACUGUCAAGCGCUGCUCCAUCUUACGACAACUCCCCGUAUAGUACUUCACUUCCUGACUACUCCAGUUGCCAGCCUCCUUCGGCACCACCUCCUUCAUAUGCUAAAGCAAUGUCAGACUCUACUCCGGAUUAUGCUAAUGUGACUUCUGCACAAUCGGUUUCCUCUCCCCCUACACCACCACUAAGGCACUCUGCGUCACGUUUUGCUACAUCUUUGGGCUCUGCCUUCCACCCCGUCCUUCCGCAUUACGCCACCGUUCCUCGUCAAGUAAACAAAAAUUCUCGGCCACCUUCACCCGUGAACCCCCCAGCCCCUUUGCCCCCUAGUACCAAGUCCACUACUUGGUCUGCUUCUAGUUUUGCACCUCUUCCCCCUUCUCCUCCUGUAAUGAUUAGCAGCCCCCCAGGCAAAGCCACUGGCCCAAAGCCUGUUCUCCCCAUUCCAGUAACCGCUCAACUAUCCCAGUUGUCCCCAUCCCCUACUGCACCCAAUGGUCUUCCAGAAAUGGCAAAUUAUCCAGCACCUUCGCCACCUACCUCUGGUCCAACGCCGCCACCUUCCUUUCAGCCUCUCUCGCUCUCUGGACCUCAAGCUUCCUCUCCAAGUUCCCCUAAUGCCUCGACUCCCUCAUCCAAGCCUAGUGUUCUCCCUUCUCCCUCUGCAGCUCCCCCUGCCUCUGUUGAGAACUCUCUAAACUCUGUGCUGGGAGACUCCUCUGCUUCUGAGCCAGUCUUGCAGGCAGCCUCUCAGCCGAUUGAACCUCCUCCGUCCCAGCAGGGUGUUAUCCAAGGACCACCUGCACCCCCACCCCCACCCCCUCUCCCUCCUGGCCCUGUCCAGUCACCACCAGCAGUCCCCCCUCCCCCUGGACCCCCUCCCCCUCCCCCUCUUCCACCAUCAGGGCCGCCUCCCCCACCUCCUCCCCCCCUUCCGAACCAGGUUCCUCCCCCACCCCCGGCCCCUCCUCUGCCUCCCGCGGGUUUUUCCAUGGGAUCGAUGUAUGAAGACCACCGCCCUUUAACAGGACUAGCAGCUGCUCUUGCUGGAGCCAAACUCAGAAAAGUAUCACGGAAUGAAGAUUCUCCUAAUACCAGUGGAGGAGCGAGUUCUGCUUCGCCCAAAACAGAUACUGGCCGUGGGAAUGGGCCCCUCCCGCUUGGAGGAAGUGGCUUAAUGGAAGAAAUGAGUGCCCUGCUGGCAAGAAGGAGACGAAUUGCUGAGAAGGGAUCAUCAGAAACAGAAACGAAGGAAGAAAAAAACGAGGAACCAGAGCAUUCUGCUUCAAAGCCUCCUUCAACAAGCACACCUGAACUAACAAGAAAGCCUUGGGAAAGAACGAGUGCAAUGAAUGGAAGCAAGUCACCCAUUAUCUCGAGACCAAAAUCUGCAUCCUCUGGGCAACCCAGUACGAAUGGAGUACAGUCUGAAGGGGUAGACUAUGAUAGAUUGAAACAGGAUAUUUUAGAUGAAAUGAGGAAGGAAUUAACAAAACUAAAAGAAGAGUUAAUUGAUGCAAUCCGGCAAGAACUGAGCAAGUCGAAUACAGCAUAGUAGGACUUAGCCGUUGUGACCACUGGUCUUGGCACAAAAUCGACUACAUUUUGCGAGCUGUUAGAAGAAAAUGGAAAAAAAUACACUUGGAAGAAGGGCAAGAUUCUGAAAGCUUUCAGACAUCACUUCGGUAUACGAUUUCCCUUUGCUGCUGUUUUCUGACUUUAAACCUGGUGGAAAAUGUUCUUAAGUUGCGGUAACCGAUUUAUGCAGAAAACCCUAUACCUGUCAGACGAGAUCACACUGCAUUGAAAUGUUUUCAUAUCGAGAUGAAGCUGCACAUUCACAAUUCAUUAAGACUAAGAGAGAGAGAGAGAGAGAGGAGAGAGAAAAGCUUGGGAAGGCUUUUCAGAGAGGUUUUCUUAAUGAAGGGUUUAGCAAGUUAUACUGUUGUACAAAUGUAUCUCAGGUUAGUCUUCCUAUCAUAUGGCGUGUUUCCAUGAAUUAAAGAUCAAACAUGACUUCAGUUCACAAAAUAAAGAACAGAUAAGAGUAUGCUGUAAAAUACGAUAUUGGUGAAUGAGAGAUCUUCUAGGAUGUGAUGAUAUAUUGAGUUUUGGAAUCUUAUGAUAGGAAGCCUCUCUAGUUAGCCUUCGUACAGUUUUGUAGGGGAAAACGCAAAUGCUGUUCUGAGUAUAAAGAUGUAGAUGCCUUCCUAAAUUGUAAUGCUUUACCAAAUCUAAGACUUCUCCAGAAAACAAAUCAAUGGUCAAAUGUAAAUUGUUAGAUUGUUAGAGACUUACCGUAGGUUUUUGAGCUUUUAAGAUUUAUGCAUGUAGACAUUUUUGUAAUAUAACACAACCACAGAGUUGGCUUUUUAAUUUAAAACAUCCUUGCAUGCCACAAAUAUUAAGUAGCCUUUUUACAGUAAGGCCUAGUUAAUGCCCAGGCAAAACUUGGGAGGUGUAGGGUUGGGGGUAGGGUGACUUUUUUUAUUUAAAAAAAUUUGUAUUAAUUACUGCACUAUUUUUCCUUAUAUUGCAUGCAUGUGUAAUAAUAAGGAAAAUGUUGUGACUUAUCAGUAACCAUGUUAAAUAGAAGCAGAUACUUAAUAAUUUUUUGUAUCAUUUUGUUUGUAUUUCAAAAUUAGUAAUGCUUCAGUAAGAGGUUUGGAAACCCUUAAGCAAUUUUGCUUCUUUUUCUUAACUUGGUAUAAAGUUAAGCAUCAUGAUUAAACUUAGAGGUAAUUUUUUUAAAAAAAAAGAGGCAUACAAAAGUAGUACAGAGCAGUCUUUCCACAGCAGCUACUUGAACCUGUGCAUUGAGGUCAGUUUCUACUUAAUUUGGGAGUGAGCAUAGUGCAGGUGUUAUUUAUGCUGCCAAUCCUUUAAUCCCAGUUUAAGAGACUAGGAGCAGGUCAUGGGAUCAUGUACUUCUUCCCAACCUCUCCCCAUCGUAAAUUCCUCCUGCCCUUCUCCCCAUCUCUGAAUCUUGGUUAACAGUUGCAUCAUCACUGGCCCCAAACUUGACAAGAUAAUAUUUUAACCAGGACUGGAAAAGCUUUUGGUGCCAGUGCUGCCUGUAACCAGGGUUAAGGAGCCGGGGGAUGGGCAGGCCAUGCCAGGAAAGGUGCACAUUUUCCUACAGCUUGCUCCUGUUCCUUUAACCCUGCAGUGAACCUAGGUCAGGCAUGGCCAAACCUGGCCCUCCAGCUGCUUUGGGACUACAACUGUCAUCAUCCCUAGCUGACAGGACCAGUGGCCAGGGAUGAUGGGAACUGUAGUCCCAAAACAGCUGGAGGGCCAAGUCUGGCCUACGUAGUCUAGGUCAAAUACUGAUGCACAAAGUCACACGAUGGAAAGUCUUAAGAACAGUGGUGGCAACAACAUAUGCUUCAAAGAUGAAAUUCACUUUGUUCCAUCUCCUAUUCCAGUGUCCAAACUUUUACUAAGGUAUCCCAUGCAGACUUCCAGAAAGGGAUGGGGUGGGGAAUCCUGCAAUUUUAAAUGUUGUAAUUCGGCAAAUAAUGUGCAACGAUCUAUAAUUCCCACUGCCUCUUAAAUUCUCCAUGCUAUAAUAGUGCCAUAUUUAUCUUGUGAGCUAUGCUGAUUUGAAAAACAACAACUUGUGGCUAUGGACAGAAUUAUUCAUUUUCUUGAAUUACUCAUGUUCAUCCAGUUUAGUUCAUAAGAAAGCUUUAUUUACCAUAUCCUCCCAAGUGUUGGGCACCAAAGCAAAUUAACAGCUGCUUAUUGCUGCUUAAAGUUUUCAUUGAGGACAUUCUCUGUUUCCCCUCUUUCUGUAAGAUGGAAGUAUGGCAUAUAAAAUAUGAUCCAAAAAUCAGUGGUUACAUUUUUUUAAGUGUUAUCUGCAUGCAUUAGUUGAAGGCAUUUUUAAAAAUAACAAGGCAAACAGAUGUUGCUCUCAAAUUAAGAGGAGGCAUUUUCAUCUUUUAAAAGUAAUUUCUGAUUAAACAGUAUAACCCUAAAUGCUUACUCUUUUCAGAAAUCAUGUCUGAUUUUGUUUGUAAAGAAAAUUCAGAGAUAGCCUAGCAGAAUGUUAGAGGUGUAAGUGGUCCAAAGGUAAGAAAACUGAGUUACUAGAUUGUGAACGAAACUGGUUAAUGCACUAAACGUUUUGUGCCUUGGUCUAAAAAUAACAUGAUUUCUGUGCGAAAGGAAAAAAGAAACAGGUCUUUGUACUCUUUCUACAUGCAUAGUUAUGUGAUCCUGAAAUGGACCGUUCCAGGAAAUCCAAUUUUAGUUAAACUGUAAAUUAAGGCUGUUUUAAUGACAGCUAUGCCAUUGCUAGAUAGUCCUGUAAUUAAAAUGAGCUACAGAGGAAGCUUAGGUUAUUUUAAUUACUGUUCUUUUAAAAAAUGUUAUGAUGGUUCCUGUGCUUUUGUACAGCGGAUGCCUUAAGCUGAAUAUGUUUUAGGGGAUCACUUUUAAUUCCAGGAAGGUAUUGCUUUCCUCAACACUGUGAUCUGAUCUGUGAUAAAUCUGUCCUAUUCAUACACAAGUGGCUAACAAGUCAAUUGCAAACAAACUGAAUGUACAAAUCUUAGUGCUGGUGCUGAAAUCUCUUCAGAGUUGUCAUGAAACAAAGUUCAUUGUUCAAAAAGUUUGCAAGCAUCAAGUGUCAAUCAAAACUGAAGAUGAAACACUAAUGAAUGUUGAAUUUUCAUGCAUUUAGUUUUACCUCCUUUUGAGUUUUUCUUUUUCAGUUAAUUCUCUGCUAUUUUUACCAUAUUGUGUCAUUUUAAAAUUUCUUAAAAUGCUAACUUUGUUUUGUUUGAGCAGAUGAAAUAAAAUUGCAAUAUAUACAUGCUGCUGCUAUUGUUUAUGAGACUUGAUGUCAUAAUGAGAAACUGAUUCCUCCUCCUUGGCGUUGAUCUAUUUCUAUUGUCCUAAAUUCGUAGCAUACUAAACAUGCUACCUCCACAAAGAAUGUAACAAAUAACGCUCAUAAUUCAAAACUUCUGCUGAAUCCAAGGAAGUGGCUCUAUUUCAUCUUGAAGUUGCUUUUGAGCUUUGUUUUGUCUCCAUCCAGGCUCCCCAUACACCCCCCCUGCCGCCGCCGCCGCCAACACACACCACCACCACACUACAUUACGCUACACAAAAGCAACACCAUACAUUUUGUCCAAACAGUUGUUUGUGCUUGUUCCUUUGUUUCAUUUCUUUUAACCCAUUAGUCCCCCCUUUUUUUUCUUUGCUAACAUCUUGUGUUGGAUAUGACGCAAAAGUGAUUUGUGAUGCUUGCUUUGUCAAGCUUCCACCCUUUCACUCAAAUCGCUUCUCACUUUCUAGGUAAUGUCAUUUAUGUGAUUUGGCAGACUAGAUCAGGCAUCCCCAAACUGCGGCCCUCCAGAUGUUUUGGCCUACAACUCCCAUGAUCCCUAGCUAACAGAACCAGUGGUUGGGGAAGGUGGGAAUUGUAGUCCAAAACAUCUGGAGGGCUGAAGUUUGGGGGUGCCUGGACUAGAUCAGGCAUGGCCAAACCUGGCCCUCCAGCUGUUUUGGGACUACAAUUCCCAUCAUCCCUGGCCACUGGUCCUGUUAGCUAGGAAUGAUGGGAGUUGUACCAUAGUCUCAAAACAGCUGGAGGGCCAAGAUUGGCCAUGCCUGGACUAGAUCAUAAAAAGCUCCCUGUUUAAAUUCGAAAGACAAGAUCAGACAUUAAUGAGGUCAAAGAGAAAUUAUGGGCUUCAUUAAUUAAAUGGCACCAGGGAGCACUUUUCCAUCAAGUGGAGAGUAUGUGGGUAUCUUGACAGUGACAUUAGAAAGGGGAUAAGUUGCUGGUAUAUGUAGGAAACAGAAGCAGAGGAGGCGGGACAGUAAAAGCAUAAACAUCUGAUUUGAGGCUGGAAAGGGAGUAUGAUGGAUCAUUGUUAAAACACUUAAGUAAGUAACCAUAUGCCUUUCACUUAGGAAACAGCAUUUUGAGGUCAUUGGAUUGUGUAAGCCUAGGUUUCCCUCUGCUGACUACUGUUGGAAUUUCAACUAUAUAGGCAUGAGGUAGUUCGUUAAAAACAAGUAAAGUGUGACGCUCCAUAAAUAGGAUUUAAAUACUUUAUACACUCAAAAGAAAUAUUUGUCCAACUAAAUCAUACUUGGAAAUAAAUGGACUUAUCUUACUUUGAAGAGUCUGUUUGGAGUAUGAGUAACCACUGGAUAUCACCUUAUGCAAAUAACUACCGGUACACUGGGACAUUUCAUUUUCAAAAAUUAUGUCCUAGUAAUUAAAGGCUGCCAAGCUAUCAUACAUCUCCCAUGAAGGAGGGGAGGGCUGUUGUCACUUGCUGGGGGGGGGGGAGAAGCCACCAAUCC